AUGUCAUCACUACUUCGAGGCACUUGUUUCAUCACCGGCGCUGCCUCAGGCAUCGGCCAACGAACGGCCCUUACCUUUGCAAAGAACGGCAUCACGCGCCUCGCCCUUGCCGAUGCUAACCGCGAGGCUCUGGAGGCAACGUCAAACGUCAUACGACGCCAGUACCCCGCUUCUGAAGUUCUUGACCUUCCGCUUGACGUUCGCAACGCUUCGGAGGUCAAGCACGGCGUCGCCGAGGCGGUGUCGCGCUUCGGGAGACUCGACAUCGCCGUGAACAAUGCCGGCAUUGGAGGCAGCGGCCGGCCGACGCACGAGGCUGAUGAAGACGAAUUCGCCAGGCUUGUCCAUGUCAACCUACACGGGGUGUCGAGAUGCCAGCGCGAGGAGAUCAAGGUCAUGUUGCAUCAGGAGGACCUGGGCUUCCGGCGCGGCCGCGGCGCCAUCAUCAACGUCGCCUCCGUCCUCGGCGUCGUGUCGCCGGCGCCGUUCAUGUUCCAAACAGCCUACUCGGCCUCCAAGCACGGGAUCAUGGGUUUCACAAAGAGCGACGCCAACACGUACGGCCCAUGCGACAUUCGAAUCAACGCGGUCUGCCCCGGCUUCAUUGCGACCCCGAUCAACCUCGCUCUCGCGGAAGAGUCUGGCGGUGCGCUGGCGCGCUAUAUCGAGGCCACGCCGCUCAAGCGUCUGGGCACGACCGAGGAGGUUGCUGAUUGCAUUGCAUUUCUUGCUUCUGAUAUGAGUAGUUUCAUGCAAGGGUCCGGUCUUGUUGUUGAUGGUGGACUCACGGCUCAUUAG